GCACGGUCGCAUCUCGAUCGCUCCCUCGCUCCAUUGCUCCCUGGGCGCCGCCUCCUCUUACUUGUCUUUCCUCAUCUUCCUUCACCACCACUGCUCCUCUCUCCUUCUCCCUCCUUUCCUAUCCUCUCCUUCUGCUGCUGCCCAGCCGCCGCCGUCGAGCUUCCCGCAUCGUCAUGGCGAACCUGAGCCCCAGCAUCGUGAUUGAUGAUGACGAACCAGGCUAUGAUCUGGACUUGUUUUGCAUCCCUAAGCAUUAUGCCCAAGAUUUGGAGAAAGUAUUCAUUCCUCAUGGGCUUAUCAUGGACAGGACUGAACGUCUGGCACGAGAUGUGAUGAAGGAGAUGGGAGACCACCAUAUCGUUGCCCUCUGUGUCCUCAAAGGUGGCUACAAGUUCUUUGCUGAUUUGCUGGAUUAUAUCAAGGCACUGAACAGGAAUAGUGACAAAUCAAUUUCUAUGACGGUAGAUUUUAUCAGACUGAAGAGCUACUGCAACGACCAGUCUACUGGGGACAUAAAAGUGAUUGGUGGAGAUGAUCUCUCAACUUUAACUGGAAAGAAUGUCCUGAUUGUUGAAGACAUAAUUGACACGGGUAAAACAAUGCAGACUUUGCUUUCCCUGGUCAAGCAGUAUAAUCCAAAGAUGGUGAAAGUUGCCAGCUUGCUGGUGAAAAGAACACCUCGAAGUGUAGGAUACAGACCUGAUUUUGUUGGAUUUGAAAUUCCUGACAAAUUUGUCGUUGGCUAUGCCCUUGACUACAACGAAUACUUCAAGGACUUAAACCAUGUCUGUGUCAUUAGUGAGACUGGCAAAGACAAGUACAAAGCAUGAGAUGCAACUUGGUGUGCAGAGAAGCUUUGAAACACUAGGGGGAAACCCAUCAACUUCACCUCUGGACCACCAGCUAAAUUUGUCCAAUGUUUCAGCCCUGUGACCAUCUGCUUAUUAGAGCUUUUUGCAUGUACUGUAUCUUGUCUGUUUUAUAUUUUAGGAAUGUCAAACAGUUGCUGCAGUUCUGAUUGCUGUUUCAUUUGCACUACAAAACCUAAAGAGACUAUCACUACCCCUGGGUGGGUUGUAUUGCUUGAAUUGCUUUUUGACUUACGAAUGGGAAAUUACUUAAACCACACCGACACUGAAUUGAAAUAGUUAAAGUAUUGUGAAUGUAAGAGAUGUUUAAAGAGGAUAUAUUGAUUUUUUUAAAUUGGUAAUUUAAUUUUAUAUGUUACUGAAAAUGCAGAGAAGUGAUUGAAUAUUGUUAGUUAACACCUUUUUGGUGUCAAAGAGGGAGCAGUCAAUUUCAAUAUCUGUUCCAGUUCUGUUACAGAAUCCAAGAAGUUUGAUUAUUUUAUGAUAACCCUAUCUAAACCCUAGUUAUCUCCUGAAAUUACAUUAUCAUUUCAAGAAUUUUGAUUGUUGUUGUUAACAGGAAUUAAAAUGGAAGCAAAGAGUUAAUUUUACUGAGAUGGGCAAACGAACGAAAAGCCAAAAAAAAAAAAAGUUCGCUGAGCUGUCUGUCCCACUCUUACAGAUUAUUUCCUUUCUGUGCUCGCCAGUCAAAAGUAGUUUUUCUUUUAAAUAUAAAUUGACAUUCUGGACAUUUUACUUUUGAAAUCUAUAAUGCAAAACGCUUCAAAUAAAGGCUGUCUCUUAAAAAAAAAAAAAAAGAAUGAAA